CAGUUUGCAACUUUGCACUUUGCAGUAGGGUUUCUAAGAGAAGAUACAAAGGAUACCCCGAGAAAGAGAGAGAGAGAGGGAGCCCACCAGUGUACAUCCUCUCACCCCUCGUUGCCGCGGACAGGGGAGUGGAGAGAUUGUUCUUCCUUCUUGUCCAUCGGAAUCGAGCAUCAGAGUGAAGUUGCUUCAAGGCAUCAACGGCUAGACUAGAGAAGUAGAGAUGAAUCCUCGCUGACAUUAUUGGUGGAAGAAACCAUUGGACUUGUCUCCAUCAUUUACCUUGGGUUUUAGCGCCUAAAAUAUCAACCUCAACCUACACUGAAGACUUCUUUUCUCCAGUUCUUCAAGCGCGGCUCUAUUAAGUUUCGAAUCCCCUGCAAUCGGUAAGAUCUAUAACCUAGCAGCAUCAGUCUCAAACCUGGAAGGUUCUAUUAGGGUAACUGUCACAAGCUUCGAUUAGGAGCUUGACCUCUCAGAAUCUUGCCCCAUUGACCACUCCAAGUUCUUAUUGGAUUUAAGAUCACUGUUCUUGUUGCCAACCACAACCAACGACAAUAAGUGAAGGAGUCAAGGAGAGGAGGAAACUCCUAACUUGAUUGCGAAGGAAAGGAGAUAAUAACCGUCCACAACACACAAUGGCAACGCAGUACAGUAUCAAGCUCGCUAUUAGUCUGAUUUCUUCUCACUUUGGUGAUCUCGUUGCUAAAGUAUGUGAGUGCCUCCUGCGAAAAGGAUCCCUAACCUUAGCAGACAUAACUCGAUUCACCGAACUCCCUCAAGCUCAAGUCAAGAAUUGCCUACUCGUCUUAAUCCAACACAAUUGUGUUCAGGCUUUUUCUAUCCAGAUUGAAGGUGGCGUUGGAGCUGCACCUAAGGUAAUUACUCAGUACACUGCAAUUUUUGAUAACAUUCUUCACAGAAUGAGGUUCCCUAAAUUCUUGACAAUUGUAUCUGAAGAACUGGACAAAGAGUGCGAAGAGAUUCUUGAAGGUUUGUUUCAACAUGGUCGACUUACUUUGGAACAAAUUAUAUUGCGAGCAGUAUCAAACCAAAAUGAAGGAAAUUCUACUGUUCAGGAUGCUGUACGAGAAAGCUUUGUUAGAAUUGUUAGUUCCCAUUAUGUGGAACGUUGUCCAGCUUCUGAGCCUUUUCUUGCCCCACCAGAUGAAGAGGAAAAUCCUACCAAAAAACGGGCCAAGAGUGCUAGGUUGGCUGAGGAAAUAGAAACUUUAGAAAAACGAGCUAUAUCAGCCGCGGCUCCCUUAGAAUCAGAAAGAUUUGCAGUUAUAACAGAUACUGGAACUGAUGUGAAAUCUGGAGAUAGAUCAGGGAGCCGUUUUCUUGAUACAGCAAUUGGAGAAAAGCGCAAGCAUGAGGCUUUGGAGAUGGAUCGAGAAACUAUGGCUACAAUUUGUGAGAAAGAAGUUCUUUGGCGUGCUAAUUUUGAGGCAUUUAUACGUCGUUUAAGGCAUAAGGCUUGUGUUGCAAAUGUCAGAGCAAGGAUGGAUGAUGGGGCUUGCACUGUCUUAAAUGCAAUGCUGGAGGCAACAAGAAAUGCAGAGAGCAGAAUUAAAACAGAGAAUUCAGUUCCCUUGUCAAUGGAUGCUAUUUUAGCAGAGGUGAUGAAAAGUGAAGGAGGCCGUAGUAUGACUGUAGAACGUGUUAGAGCUGCCCUUGGACAAUUGGGCUGUCGCUCCAGUCCAAGAGGAGCAGAAGAUUCUCACAGUGUUGAUUUGAGGAACAUUAUUGAAAUUGCUCAAAAUGAUGAAAUGGAAUCAAUUGUUCUGAAAAGAUACGGGAGGGAUGCCUAUAGGAUUUUCAGGUUACUAUCCAAGACUGGCCGCCUGGUUGAGACUGACAAGAUUUCAGAUAUCACAUUUGUAGACAAGAAGGAAGCACCCAAGAUUCUUUAUAAUCUGUGGAAGGAUAAUUACUUGCAUAUGGAGAAACUAACUUCACAAGGAUCCAAGCAAUCGGACUUUUUGUUGUGGAAAGUGAACAGAAGCUCUCUUUGGAAACAAAUUUUAGAUGAAAUGUGCCAUGCUGCUUUAAAUUUGAGUCAACGACUAGCUUACGAGUUUGAACAAGAACAUGAGAUUUUGCAACUGCCAAGGGAGAAAAGAGUUGGAGCUCAAGGGAAAAGAUUUGAACGCAUAAGAAAAGUUAAGGUAAUUUUGGAAUCAUCCCUUAUGAAGCUUGACGAUGCUAUCAUGCUCUUCCAUGACUUUUGAAUGUGCAACUCAUAUCAAUGUUAGCUUAGUUGUUUAUUUUUUUUCACUUUGUGUAGAAAAUUACAGGUAUGCUUGAUCUAACACUUUGAACUAUGGAAUACAUAGAAUUGAUUUCAUGUUUAAA